GCCCCGUUGCCACCAAUGGGCCAUCCACGGCGAGAGGGCUCGCCCACUCCAUUCCGCCUCGUGCGGUUCCCGGCUCACCCGCGGCGUCUCCGCGGCGAUUUUUUUCUUCUUUUCGUUUCCAGUUUCUGCCGCGGGUGGGUUUCAGUUACGGGGUUGGAUCGGGGCGGCUCGGGGUCAGAGGAGGAGGGAGGAAAAGGAAAAUCCGAAGGAUGCUACUACUACUGCUGCUGGUCUAUCUACCAUCCUGAUCGGAGGGAUUGGAUCGCGGGUCGCUGUCCCCGUGGCCCGUGCCGCGCAUGUUAUUUCCCUUGGUUUCUGCGUCGGGUCCUUGUGACUUCCGACGCGAUUCCAUUGGUCUGGGUGCGGUGGCCGAGUUCGUCGUCGGGGGCGUGCUCGCCUGGCCGCGAGCGGCGUGCCGCGGCGGGUCAAUCAAUCGCGCCGGCUCUGUUUGUCGGCCUCCUUCCCAUGGACAGCCAUAAUUCAUCACCGCCCCAUGUUCCGGAAGUAACCAUGGACAUCUCAUCCGUUUCUGGAGCAGCUGGGAACAAAGUUUGCAGAGGUGCUGCUUGCGACUUUUCUGAUGCCGGUAACACCUCGAAAGAUUCAAAGGAGAGGUCUGCAUCCAUGAAGAAGCUCCUAAUUGCUGUGAUCCUUUGUGUUAUAUUCAUGGCGGUUGAAGUGGUUGGAGGCAUCAAAGCAAACAGUCUUGCAAUCUUGACUGAUGCUGCCCAUCUCCUUUCGGAUGUUGCAGCAUUUGCCAUAUCUUUGUUCUCCCUAUGGGCAGCUGGUUGGGAAGCGACACCUCAGCAGUCAUAUGGAUUUUUCCGUAUAGAGAUUCUUGGGGCAUUGGUUUCCAUUCAGCUUAUAUGGCUCCUUGCUGGCAUACUUGUCUACGAAGCUAUUAUGAGGCUCCUCAAUGAAAGUGGAGAGGUACAGGGCUCCCUCAUGUUUGCUGUAUCAGCUUUUGGUUUGUUUGUUAACAUCAUAAUGGCAGUGUUGCUUGGUCAUGACCAUGGGCACGGUGGACAUGGGCACAGCCAUGGUCACGGCCAUGGACAUUCACAUGACCAUGAUCAUGGUAACUCAGAGGAUGACCAUUCCCAUCAUGGAGAUCAUGAGCAGGGCCAUGUACAUCACCAUGAGCACAGCCAUGGAACUUCUAUUACCGUUACGACUAAUAAUCACUCUCAUUCGAGCACUGGACAGCACCAGGAUGUUGAGCAACCAUUGAUUAAACAUGAUGGUGAUUGUGAGAGUGCCCAGCCUGGAGCCAAGCCUGCUAAGAAGCCUCGCCGGAACAUCAAUGUCCACAGUGCAUAUCUGCAUGUAAUUGGGGACUCCAUCCAGAGCAUUGGUGUAAUGAUUGGAGGGGCUCUCAUCUGGUACAAGCCCGAAUGGAAGAUUAUUGAUCUCAUAUGCACCCUCAUCUUCUCUGUGAUUGUACUGUUCACCACAAUCAAGAUGAUUCGGAACAUACUUGAAGUCCUUAUGGAGAGCACGCCCCGCGAGAUCGAUGCCACCAGGCUUGAGACUGGUCUCCGUGAGAUGGAAGGUGUGAUUGCUGUCCAUGAGCUGCACAUCUGGGCUAUCACAGUGGGGAAGGUGCUCUUGGCAUGCCAUGUGACGAUCACGCAGGAUGUGGAUGCUGAUAAAAUGCUUGACAAGGUCAUUGGGUACAUCAAGGCAGAGUACAACAUCAGUCAUGUGACCAUUCAGAUUGAGCGAGAGUAAGGCACAUGUCAGGUAGUUGGGGAUAAAGGCAUUAACGGUUUAUCAUCUUAAUGCGGUUAAUGUUAGCUUUGCACACGCAAAGGCGUUGCAGGUUCAUCUAGCUGUUGCCUUUGGUGCUGGAGAAAAUAUUAUAUGUACGCGUUUUCAUUAGCCCAUUAGUUUAAUGAACUAUUAAUCGGGUGAUGUAGUCGUUUGUAUUCUCACAUGGAUGCAAUUUCCAGACAAUUUUUGAGCCCCCUGUGAGUUUAUCAACCUGCAUGUGUAGUUUCAGCGGCACCCUUUCUUACCACUAUGUAAAUAUCUGCUAUGUAUGGAUGUUAUCAAGUUUCUGUUA